AGAUCUCUAGAUCCAUUGAUAUCGGUUUUGGUCACAGACUCAUAGCAGUUAACUUCGUCUGUUUUCCUAAUCCAAAAGUCCAAAAAGGAAAUGGAGGCCAUAACAACAUAUGGAUCUCAUUCUCAAGUCCUUAGUCGUUCUUGGCUAAACUUGUACUCUUCCUACAACUACCCUCUUCUUAAAUCACUAUCAUUUUCUAGAAAUCAAUCUCCCAAAAAGUUGUGCUUAGUUCAAGCAACGACGAAUCCAACAGAUGAUAACUCGAUGACUCGUUCAUUUAUUCCACAUCCACCAAGUCUAUGGGGUCAUCACUUUCUCUCUGCUUCCGUCAAUCACACGGAAAUGGAUGAUCUUUGGAGCCAGAUCCAGGCACUUAAACCUAUAGUGAAUGCCAUGUUGCUUCCUUGUAACGGUGCUGAUGCAAAGCAGAUAACUUGUUUGAUCCACACGCUUGUUAGUCUUGGAGUCUCUUACCAUUUUGAAGAUAAGAUUGUUGAAUUCCUAAAUGAUGCUUUCGAGAAUAUUGAGGACAUGAUCACUGAUUGCAAGGAAGAUGAUCUCUACACGGUUUCUGUCAUAUUCCGGGUUUUCAGAUUAUAUGGUCACAACAUAACUCCGGAUAUAUUCAACAAGUUCAAAGGAGACGAUGGCUAUUUUAAAAAAUGUCUAAAUGAUGAUAUAAGAGGCAUGUUAAGCUUGUACGAAGCGUCACACUUUAGGACAACGACAGAAGAUAUCCUUGAAGAAGCAAUGAGUUUCACACAAAAACGCUUGGAGUUAUUUGUGGUAGGCGACAAAGCCAAACAUCAUCCACACAUCACUAAGCUCAUACAAGCUGCUCUGUAUAUACCUCAGAAUUCGAAUAUGGAAAUAUUGGUGGCAAGGGAAUAUAUUGGCUUCUACGAACUAGAGACUGAUCAUAAUGCAAUGUUACUCAAGUUGGCCAAGCUCAACUUUAGGUUCUUGCAGCUGCAAUACAUUCAUGAUCUAAAAACACUAACCGUAUGGUGGAAGGAGCUAGAUUUGGUAUCUAAGAUACCAAAUUACUUCAGAGAAAGAUUGGUGGAGUCUUAUUUUUGGACGACUGGGGUUUAUUACGAGCCACAACAUUCAGCUGCGCGGAUUUUACUGGCCAAAACCCUCAUUUUGUUUGACGUUGUGGACAACACAUUUGAUGUAUAUGGCACUCUUGACGAAGUUAUGAGCCUCGUUCAAUCCGUUGAAAGGUGGGAUUCUGACGCCGGAGAUGCACUACCGGACUAUCUCAAAAUUGUCUUCGGAACAAUUUUUGACUUGUUUAAAGAACUCGAAGAAAAUGUGAGACCAGAAGGAAGAUCUUUUCCUAUGCAAUACGCAUAUGAGCAGCUCAAAAUAACCAUGAAAGCGUACCUGCAAGAAGUUGAAUGGUCAAGUACAGGGCAUGUGCCAAGCUAUGAAGAGUACAUAGAGGUUGGGAUGUCUUCGACCACAGGUGAAAUGUUGCUAGCAAUUACCUUCAUCGGUAUGGGAGAGAUUGCAGGAGAUGAAAUCUAUGAAUGGCUGAGGUCAAGACCAAAACUCACCCACAAUCUUAUUGCAAAAUCUCGUCUUAGAGAUGACAUUUCUACCUUUAAGGAGGAGAUGAAGAGAGGAGAUAUUGCUAAUGGGAUCAACUGUUAUAUGAAGCAAUAUAGAGUAACUGAGGAAGAAGCGUGUGUUGAGUUUGAGAAAAGGAUUAGUCACAUGUCUAAGGUCAUGAACGAAGAGUUCUUGAAGGCAGCCAGUUUUAUACCACUACAAAUUCUAAGGCCAGUUAUGAAUUAUGGACGCUUAGGAGAUGUGUUCUAUAUGUACGGAGAUGGGUACACUUUCGCUGGAGAGAAGAUCAAAGAUUAUAUCAUCUCUUUGUAUGUAGAUCUCAUCACUCCUUAAGAGUCUUCAGAGUCUACGGGCGAGUCAAAUUUGUA